CAAACAUGUUGAUAUUUUAGUUUUGAUGUUGCCUGUGAUGCAGAUUAUGGUUAAAUGACUAUUUGUAGGUUAUUUUGUUAGAACUUCUAAGUUUGUUUAUAAGUAUAUUUGCAGAGUGUUUACAAAUAAAAGUAUUGUUGUUUAGUAAAGCGCAUAAAAUAUGGACUUUUAUUAUCGCAAACUAAGUUGUGAAGUUGUGUAAAAGUUAUUGAACUAAAGUUGAACAGAGGUUUACAAGGAAACCAUUAAAGUAGUGCUUUGUGAUAUUCAAAUUUUACUAUAAAAGUGUAUAUUAUGCUGGGUAUGUGUGAUAAUAUAACUUUAAAAUUGAACUUUAAUAGGUACUUAAAUAUUUUGUGUUCAAGGUUAAGUUACGCUGUUUGUUGUACAGUCGCGGCAAAUUCAACAGAAAAUGGUUUAUACCUAUUUCGUUAUGACUCAUUUCUUCUCUCUUGGUAGAUCUGCAACAAUUUAAACUAACUACGACAUCAUGAACGGGAGCAACAAAAAACGAAACAGCAGUUUCAGAAAACUGUUUCCAAUAUUUUUUUCGCACAAGACAAAAGACAAAAACUCUAAAGAUGCCAUGCCCAUCAAAGAUCCUAGCGACAACUCUUCCAAUAGCAAUACCUAUCAAAACCCUCAAAUAGUUAUAGCAAAUUCUGGAAAACGAUUGGAUAAUCGCGAUAACAGUGACCGUAUAUAUGAAGAUCUUACUGUAUCGCAUAAACAACAAUCUACAGAUAACGAAUCGCAGUGCAAUGACGAGCCAAACAAUCACUCAUCGAGUAGUACUUUAGUUUCAGACAGUGCGAAGAACAGGACACAUUUAAAUUAUAGCUCUGAUAGUGGGAAUACUAUAGAAAAAGAGUACUCACAUCACGUGGCUAGACCUCAAGUCCCGCCUAAACCAUUUCAUGAAGUACACAAAACACCAGGUAACGACAUGAACGUUAACCAACAAUACCCAGAUGUGUAUUAUCAUUCGUUAGAGAAACUCUCCGAUAAAAUUUCACCUCUUGAUGAGUUCGAAAUAUACAGAGCUACCAAGGCGCAAGCUGAUCCCGCACCUGUGGGUGCUGAAAUAAAAAGAGUGAGUACAAAAUUCCUCAUCUCACCAAAAAAAGAAGCUGAGGUACGGACAAUACAGCCAACACGAGCCAGAAGUUUAUCUCUGGAUAAAAACAAUGCUAAAUUAAGCACUCAGAAUGAAGCAACAGAAAUAGAUAACGCUAAAGACAUAAAAAUCAGGAAGUCUUAUAACUAUUCUGCUCCGACUUCGCCUAUGCCUAUAAAUCACAGGAUUCCCAGUAUGCCAAAAACUGUAUCGCCUUAUGAGCAAGUGAAAAAAACAAUAGCUGAAGCCGAAGAAAAGAGGAAUUCUUUGAAUCGUGUCAGCCUCCGGAAUAAGCUGACUCCUUCUCCGAGACCUGUAGAUCUUAAUGAGACAAUGAAGACACCGACCCCUUCAAUGGAUACUACUACUUCAGAAGUAUCGAAACAGGAAGUAGUCGAAAAAGAGAAGACACGUCAAAAAGUGGAGGCAUUUUACUGGCAGAAAUUAAAAGAACAAAAACAGAAACAGGACGAGUAUUUGAUGAGGCAGUCUCUUCAGUAUUCGUCGAUGAGAAAUCAACGAAGUAAUAUUUAUUCGAAUUCUACGUGCAGUUCACCAAUUUCAUUGUCGGUUGAAGCGAAAAGCAGCAGUUUGCCCCGAGGAAGAGACCUGGAGAGUUACUGUUCUAACCAGCCUAUUUAUUCAUUGUCACCUUUCGUUAGAGCAGCGCCGGAAAGGCGUACAGAUACUUUCAUACAAAGUCGUGCCUCUCCGUUGGAACCGGAAAUAGUUUACAGGCAUCCAGAAAAGUUGAAUUUGAGGACCACUUCGUCGGUCAGUCAAGAUCUAAGACAGACAAUUUUUCAAAGAGGAUCUUUGACUCAGGUAUCGAGGCUAACUAAUUCACAGUCGAAGCGAGUUAGUUUUGAGGAACAACAUUUAUCAAAAGACGGUGAUUUCGAUAGAAAGUACGGUGGUGUUUCAAAAGUGUCGAAUAAUAUAGUGGGAAAGAAUGAAGUGUUUUCAAGUACUUUAGGGCAGAAAGGGACCCGAGGACCGCCGCGGCCGCCCGUCCGGACCACUAGUGUUGGGAAAAGUGACGGAAUAACAAGUAGAAGAAACCUAUUUCCGGGUAUUUCGGUGUACUCCGAAUCUGAGAGCGGGUCUGAGGCUGGCGAGAUUCAAAGGAUUCUUCAAGGACACUCUGGUAAAGAAGAAGACUGGCACGGAGACGGAAACCGGAUGGAUGGAGGUCUUUCGGACGGCGAAGCAAGCCGAGGCCCCACUAGGGGCCGGACCUCACGACGUGACGACCCACGACGCCAUACACUCGCUGGAAACCAUCUUUACACGCACCCCCACCACACGGGUGGAAAUGGUCAACCAGAACAAUACGCAACCGAGAGACAUAUUAUGAACGUUCCAGAGUACGCUACCGUCACGAAAUUCCGUGAAGCCAAAGCCUUAGACCCCCAAGGGAGAAAGCCUCCCUUACCACGAGGCUACCCGCCACCGUCCAACGCCAUGUUGUUCGACGAUGACCCUGGCAUCAUGUCGGAGGUGGAGACAGCUUCGACUGGUUUCCGUAGGGGAGGCAAGCAAAGGUCGUCACUUCCCGUUGUCCGAACGCCGAGCAAAACGCUCGAAAGACCCCUUGGACUUGUUUUUCUGCAAUACCGGAACGAAACGAAACGUGCUCUCUUACCGAAUGAAAUAACAUCCAUCGACACGGUCAAGGCUCUAUUUGUACGAAGCUUCCCGAAGCAGCUCACGAUGCAGUACAUGGACAGUCCCCUGGUGAAGAUCUACAUCCAUGACUCUUCGAAGGACAUGUUCUACGAGCUCGAAGAUGACAGGGCACAUCUUCGGGACAUCAGGGAUCGCUCGGUGCUGCGUCUGUUCGAAGCCACCGACAUCGGAGGGGGCGCCUUCCCUGGGGCGGUGGGCGUGGGGUCCUUAGCAAUGCCCCCUGGUGCUUCCGGUUGCUCUGGCCCGUCUAGUUGGGAUCAGGACCAGAGCUACUUUAGCGAGCCGGAGAUUGACUCGGAGUACCAUCACCAGCAUGUCCACAAGUCGAAGGUGAAAGCCCCAGCUUACUACAUGGGGACACAAGCGCCCAGUACCCUCCCUCGAGGGGGCUCUAUCCUCCGCGCUUUCUCCCCCGCUGCGCCCCCUGUGCCGGCCGAUCGUGUGAAAAACCUCCCUGGUGCAGGUUGCUCUACGCCGGCCAAGCCUUAUCGUUCAUACUUGCCCGGGAGUGGCUCAGAAAGGUGCUUCCCCUACGGAGCGGCCGAAUAUUCCCGAGGCCCUGAACGACUGUACACCAAUCCUGGGCACAGCGGGGAUGGGUACAUGUCGUCCCCGGAGCGUACGUCCAGGACACCAUAUGAAGAUCCUUAUUAUACCCAGUUCUUGGGCCCAGCCACUCCUCGACCUAUGUCUUCGGCAAUAGACGAAGAAGUGAAUGAUACCAUCAUCGUUGAUGACGCAUACCAGCUGUAUGGUGUGAAUGGCCCUCGUCCAAUGCCAAGGCCUCCAUUUGAUCCCAGGCUGCCCCAAGACGAUAUGCAGCGCCUACGUGUCGAGAAGAUGGAGCGUCAGUUGGCAAAUUUGACCGGAUUGGUCCAAAAAGCCCUGCAGGUGCCGCCGCCCGGAGCUCCGCCCGCGGUCACCCCUCGACAGGAAUUCAACUACGCCGGUGCACGCCCUGCAAACCAAGAUGCCGCGCGAUUUGCCAGCCACGAGAGACCCCCCAAAUUAGGGAGGGAUAAAUUUCAAAAAUCUGUGUCAUUUGAAAAGUCGGUCUCAUUUUGCGAUGACCCCCCCGACUUGAAUUCUCCCAAACAACACUCGCCUCAGCAUUCAGCUGAUACCAAGCCGACCAAACCGGCAAUCAAAUCAUCAACAUUGCCGCGGACAUCUUCCCAAGAGAGGGAUCGCCUGAAGCCGGCCCCGCCACCGAAGCCGGCCGGCCUGGCUAACCAGCAGAUGGCGAUGGUACCGCAGAGGAGCUACACCAUAACGGUUACUCCGGACUUCUUCAAUCAGCUUCGCAUACUGCAGAAGCAAAGCCGCGACUUGAGGAUUGAGACCCGUAACCUUCGUCGUUCGACGCUGGCCCACGCCAUCCAAAUGAGGCAGCUCAUGGCUGAGACCAUCGUUCAGAUUGGGGCCCUCGCUGCCUCUUUCUGCGAACAGGAUCCUGACUCGCAAUUGACCCGUGAGGAGGAGAUAUAUCGUCAGGACAUGCUGCUUCUCGAGAACGAUCUUUAUGAACUCGAGGCCACCGUGGAGCGCCUCCGCGGUCAAGCUGCCAACAGGGAGACGCGUGUGAACAUGGCCGACAUUGAGCGCAUUGCCAUGGUUCUGUCAAAGAGCAGCAAGACCGUUGCCGAUUGGAAGCUGAAGUUCCCGAUCCUUCAGGAGACCAUGAAGGCUAAACUCGCUGCGGAAAUGGAAAAGGUGGUCCGCAAAGAGAAGAUGCUGGAAGAAGAGCCGGAACGGCUUGAAUUGGCUCUGCGUCGCUGCAAGAAACUAACCGGAACAUUGGUCACUCUGAAAAGAUUGGCCUGCGUACAAGAGCAGCGUCUUCCAAUCACUGAUGGUCGCGUGUCCCCCGUCUCGUCCCAAAGCUCCACAUUCACUGCUGGACCUUCUUCUGAAGAGUUUGCCUCUGAUAGUACUUCUUGCCCCAAUGCGCAAGCGCAGCCGAACAAGGGCGCCGGCGGCGACGGGCGAGCGGCCAGAGCGGAACUGCGGCCAGAGAACGCCCUCGACGCGUUACUAGAUGAGCUGCAGACCUUCGCCAAGCCCGCCGAGCGCGCCGCCCGCGGCGACCCUCCGCUGCGACGCCUACACUCCUACCCCAGCGGCUCUGACACCGACGCAUCCCCCCCUGUCCGCGCGCGAGGCCAACACCCCCCAAAACCUCCGAUCCCCGAGCGACAUCCAGAACUCCUCGCUCUAGCUGCACGCCGCGCCCCUCCCCCGCCCCCGCCUCGCACCACAUCCCGCUCUCCCCUCGCGUCGCCAACAACGUCCCCGUCCUCUCCUUCAGACCCCAAUGAACCGAACGACGACAAGGCCGCAUCGCGGCAAGCAUUGCUUGAACAACGGCACCAGGAACUACUGAAGAAGCAGAAAGCGCUCCAAGAACAGUACGCUCGCCUGCAGAUGAUACAACGCAGCGGACCGACGUUGCCACCGAACGCGCAACCCGACCUGAAGAAAACCGGCAGCGAGUCGGACCUGCUGACGAAGAUGAACCUGAACCUGGCCACGCCGACCAUCUCCGGCAGCAUGACACACCUGGCCAGCGAGGGGGAGCGCAAGAAGGGGGACGCGCCCGACGGCAACGCCACCACCAACAAAGUUUACGAGACUGAUAUACUGUGACCUUGUAGUCGUUGCUUCAUUGUAUCUGUGUAAUUAUACCUCCUUAUUCAUUUAUGAUAUGUCGCGACUAUGCGACUCUUGAAUGUUCUCGAGUCUUGAAUCGAGAUCGCAAAGAUUUGGAAUAACAUCAGAAAAGUUCCCGUUUCAAGAUGUCGUGCGUUAGUUCGGUAAAUCCUCAAUGAUAGAAAUUUAGCUAAGAAAAGAAAACGAGCGAUUAGUUAGAGAUACGAAGAGGCAGAUUUGUACAGAUUUUUUAUUGGAUGAGACCAAUUUUAUGUGAAAUUUAUAUUUUAGUUAAAUAAUAUAAGUCAAAAUGAUCCGGUCCAGACUAUAAUUCAAUAGCAAGCUUAUUUUUUUAUAGUUUUGCUUGAGUUUCAAAAUAAAUAUAAUUAUUGAUUUUUGUUUCGGUUGAAAUCUGGAUUUGAUAACAGGGACCGAUGUGAAGAACUGAACAGAACAAGAAGAUCUCCUUAAUUCUACUUUCAAAAUCACUUCGCUUCGAAAUCAUUACAAACUUGUCUUUACAUUGAGUCCAGAGCAGUGUUGAACAACUCAACCGUAAAUUUAAGUUUGUCGUUGAAUCACUAAUAGUCGCGAUUGGGACUAGAUUUUUGGUUGGAAUAGAUUAUUUAACAUGGUAUAAUAUUACAUAUUUCCUCUAAAAUAUGUCUCAUCCAAUAACCAUGACUAUGAAAAUCCGCCAUCUUGUAUCUCUGCGAGUACUGUAGCCGCUUGCGCUCAUUAUCUAAUGUUGUAAAUAAUUUUCGAGUGCAUAUGCUCAAAAUAUGUUAAGCAAUAUAUUUUUUUUCUAUGUUUCCGGAUUAUACUUCUUACUCUUAACUAUAUAUGCUUUACCGUGUUAAGACAAUCACAACAACAUACUGACGACAUGACGCUUGCAUAUAACGGACUCUGAUCAAAAUAUAAUAACUAAAGCAUCAAAAAACCCAAAAAAUAUACGUAGGAAAAAAUGCAAUGUUAAUUUUGAAAAAAGAUGACAUUCAUACUACUAUAUCAUCAGUAGAACCUCAGUCAAACUUCACUUCACUGUACAUUAUAUGUAGAUUCAGUAUAUUAGGUCCUAGCUCCUAUUGUUUCUACUAUACCUUUUCGAAUAUAAUAUUAUCCUAGUUAUAAUUGACUGUUAAGUGCCAAAGUGAUUUCCCCCAUUAAAAACACAACGAUUUCUCAAUUUCGGUCGGCCGAAUGUCAAAAAGAAAUAAAAUUUCUCAAGAGCUCUUUAAGUGCAACGAAUUGUUGUGUUUAGCAAUCUUCGGUACUAUUAAACUAUGUAAUAUUUCUGACGGAUGGACAAAAAUAAAGAAAAUGUUAUUUGAAUCGACUGUGAUAAGAAGAUACCUAGUAAAAAGCGUACGAAACCUUCUUUCGUCUCGAUUUGUUAAAUUUUCAUUUCCCAGCCGUAUUACUAUUACAGAGUGGCAGUAGCUGUGUCCAAAAUUACAUUUUUCAAAAAAUCGAAACCGUAUAAUACCUACGCAAGUCAGCUUACAACGCGAUCUGCACGAUUAGGUUCUCAUCGCUCUAUCACUUCUACAUCUUGCAAACAGAUAAUAAUUGAUAUUUAUUUACAGAUUUACAAAUAGACAUAAAUUUUGGAAUUUCCGUAUUAUAUAAUUAUCCUCGCACAUGAAAACCGUCAUUAAUAUUAGUAUAGUUAAAUCAAGCAUUACUUAACAUUAUAUUGUUAAUGAAAGUGGUGGGUCGGAUUGAAAAUUUUUUCGUAUUUUCUUAUAGAUUUCGGAUUUGAAAUAUUUUCUAACCAGUCGUACUUAAUGUUUCCAUUAAGUACUACUGGUUAUAAACAGAGGUCGAUAUGAUAGACAUUAAUGAAUUAGAAAAGAAAAACAUAUAUUUUUGUACAAAUUACAUACAACAGAACAUGAUUUUUUUUCAAUUGUUUCAAUUGCCCAAAUGCAAUUUUAUUGAUGUUAGUUACAUACGUGUCUCCGUGUUUAACUCUUAAUUAAACAUUCUCUAUAAUAGAAAAUACGAAUAAACUUAUAUCCGACCAAUAAAAUAACGAGUGAUAUUGUUGUAUAAAGGAAUAUGUGUUGAAAUAUUCUUAUUUUUAGAUACAAAAUAUUAUAUUAGAAAAUGAUUAGAUUAGUCAUAGUAAUAGUAAUGUCCUAUAUGUUCUACCAAGUAAAUGUAUGCGCUAUUUAAAUGUUUGUUGCAAGUGUCACAUAAUUUUACUUAAUGCACCAAAAUUGUGAGCACCUAGGUAUUAAUUUCGCUACCUGCGAAUCAACCAUACAAAGGUAGUUUUUAAAAUAGAUGUGAAAAAAAAACGAUUGAAUGGUUUCUUAUCCAUAGAUAAUGCUUAUUUUAAAAUUGCAUGUUUAAGCGAACACCUAGUAUUGACUUGUAAUAAAUAUAAACUAUAUUUUCACACGGGACAUUUAGCUAAGCCAUUGUAGCCCGGCCAAUAGGCCGUACAUUCGUCAUUGUAUUCGAUAGGUACGUACCUACUAUCCCAUAAAUCGUUGUAACUCUAAGGAAUUGUAACAUUACGUUGUACAAUCGAACAUUCCUUUUAUCAUUUACUGUAGCAGAUUUUUUAACAAACUUUACUAUUUUUGGCAAAUCGUGACAUUUUUUACGAUAAUUUUAACAGAAUCGUGCCAAACGCUUUAUAUUCUAUUGACACAUAAAUCGAAUUAUUUCGUGUUGUUUGUAUACGCUUUUUAUGAAUUCAAUUAUAUUUACGAUCAACUGUAUUGUAAACCAUAGGCGUAAUGUUCAAAUGAUUUGUUUGAGAAGGCUUUAAGCUUAUACCUAGUUAUUAUAUUAUAUUUUGUUGUUAAUUUAAUAUACCUACGUUAUAACAUAUUUCGUUUAGUUGUAAUAGAUCAUGUUUACUGUAUAGUUUAACAGGAAUAGCUUCAAAAUAUUUUACCUAAUUGUGAAUUAAAUAUAAAUAUAUACACGUCAAAAA